CUUCUCAUCCAAUCCCCAGUUCCAGUGAGGCGCUUACUUUGCAUAAUGAGCAAAUCUCCAAUAUUGAAGAUUCACAAAUUGUAUUAUCUCCUCAUCCAAUCCCCGGUUCUAGUGAGGCACUUACUUUGCAUGAGGGAAUAAAUUAUGAGGAUAUUCAAAGUCCAAGUCUUAUUCAGCUAUACAAAAAAAAGGAACCAAAUGACCCUUUUCACUUAAUAUUAUUUAGGAUGACAAAUAUUUUGAUAAAUUUCAUAAUUGCUGUAGGCCCUUGUCAGCCAUGUACAAAUAAAUUUCAAUAUCCUGUUACUAACAAGAGGAGCAUGAAUAUAACCUAUUAUAGAAAGGUUAAUAUAGAUGGUUCCCUCAACCCCAGAAAUUGGCUAUCUUAUAGCACUACUUUAGACAAAGUCUUUUGUCUAUAUUGUAUUAUGUUUGGUGGCCCUAAGUCCAAUACUUUUUGGACUCAACAUGGGGUAAAUAAUUGGAAAAACAUAAAGCGUGACUUAGAGAGACACGAAGCAUCUUCUCUUCAUAAAGAUUGUGAAUAUGCAAACAUGACUUGGCUUGCAAAUAAACGCAUUCAAGAUCAUUUGCUAUCAAAUAAGCUUGAUAUAAUCAUGGAAAAUCGUAAUAUAGUUCAUAAUAUUAUCAAUGCCAUUAUGUACCUUAUAAAAUGUAAUAUAGCCUUUUGGGGUUCUAAUUCGAAUGAAGGUAAUUUUAUGUGUCUCAUAAAAUUAAUGGCAAAAACGGUUCCAACUUUACGUGCAUACAUGGAUAACAACGAAAAAUUGCGGAGAAAAAAAUCAGAUAAAAUUUCGAGACCUUAUAUAAAUUUACUGUCAUAUGGCCACGUGAAAAAAAUAACUGAAAUUAUUAAGAUAAAAAUAACAAAAAGCAUUAUUCAAACAAUUAAAGAGAAUCGUGCCUAUAGCAUCAUAUUAGAUGGAACAUAUGAUGUGUCUAAAAAAGAAUGCAUAGCUUUGCUUGUACGGUAUAUAGAAGAUGAUCUGCAUCCACAUCCUGUAGAAAGGAUCAUACAUGUUUUUACAACAUCAGAAACUACUGGGGAAAAUAUAAAGAAACAUGUUUUUUCUAAGUUUAAUGAUCUUGGUCUUCCUCUUGAUUAUUUGGUUGGACAAAGUAUGGAUGGUGCAGGGAAUAUGAGAGGAGUAUACAAAGGAAUGCAGGCUUUAAUAUUGAAAGAGGCUCCAAAAGCCAUCUAUAUUUGGUGCCAUGCACAUCGGCUAAAUUUAGUAGUUGCUCAUGUUUGUGGAUGCAAAAUUGAAAUGAAAAAGGCAAUGGGAAUAUUAGAUGAGUUAUAUAAUUUUAUGAAUGGAGUUAGACGUCAAGGUGUGUUUGUUAAAUAUCAAAUGAGAAAGUCCAAGAAAUCUCUUAAAAGAAUUAAAAACACAACAAGAAAUUGGUCAUCAUCCUACAAAUCUGUAGAAAUCUUCUUAGAUGUUUAUGAACAUAUUUUAGCAUCAUUAGUUGAAUUAAAAGAUUCUAAUGACCCAAGCACCUCUUCCAUUGCCGAUGGAUAUCCAUUUUUACUCCCGCUGGAAUUAUGGAUAAUGAAAAAAUAG